UUACAGGACAAGAUCAAGCAAGUGUUUGAUAAUCUCACACAGUUGGAGCAUGCAAACAUCGUCAAGUUUCACAAGUACUGGUGCGACACAGACAGAGAUGCGGAAAAUCCGAGGGUGAUAUUCAUCACUGAGUACAUGUCGUCCGGCUCGCUGAAGAAAUUCCUGCAGAAGACAAAGAAGAACAAUAAGACGAUCAAUGCCAAGUCUUGGAAACGCUGGUGCACGCAAAUUCUAUCCGCUUUAAGUUAUUUGCAUUCCUGUGAUGCUCCUAUAAUUCAUGGAAAUCUGACGUGUGACACAAUCUUUAUUCAGCAUAAUGGACUUAUAAAGAUUGGCUCAGUUGCACCUGAUGCGAUACACCAGCAUGUAAAAACCUGCAGACAGGAGAAGAGGAAUAUGUAUUAUAUUGCUCCAGAGUACGGAGCUGCAUCCUGUUCCGUGGUUACACCUGCAGUCGACAUAUAUGCUCUGGGAAUUUGUGUACUGGAGAUGGCAACGUUGGGUAGCAUAUCAAGUAAUGGAGAAGGACAGCCAGUGACAGAGACUGCAAUACAGGAGACUAUACAUGCAUUGGAAGAUCAUCUGCAGCAGGAUUUCAUUCUGAAAUGCAUAGAGAAAGAUCCGACGAAGCGACCCACCGCCCGUCAACUUCUCCUUCACAAAGUUCUGGUAGAGGUGCAUUCACUGCGGCUUGUGGCUGCCCACAAGCUCAUACAGACGCCCCAUCUGCUAGAGAGUCUGACGGAUGAGUCUUUUGAGAAGAGUGCCGACACACAGUGUGCUAGUCUGGUCAUGAAAGGUGUCUCUCAUAAAUACAAGUACAUGGAUUUCCCUUUUACUGAAACACUGGACAAGUUCAUUGAAGAUGUGAAGAUUGGAAUCUACCCGCUGACGUUGUUUGAGACUCCAGGAGGUACGCGUCCGAGGGCGGAAUCACCAGAGGUCGCUGAAGCUGUCAAGUCGGACACGCCGGAUCCGGACGUAGAAGUGAGGCGUGUGACAAACAUGCAGUGCAAGGUGCAUGCAGAACAGGAAGGUCAGGGCUUACAGCUGACACUUCUGCUGAAAAUGGAAGAUAAGAUGAAUAGAGAGUUGAGCUGUAAGGUGUUGGAUUCUGAUAGUAGUGCGAUGCUAGCUGAAGAAUUGGUACACUAUGGCUUUAUCAAUGAGACUGACCGAGAAGCUCUCGCAAAGUUAAUAGAUGAGAACAUAGAGACGUGUCGCAAUCAGGUCGUGGGCUGCACGUCUCUGCCGCUGAGUGGCAGCGACCAGGCGCUGACACAGACGAAGAAGCAGGCACUAGGAAGUACGGCAUGAUCGUGACCACCCAUUCCCUUAUCUGAGCUUAUACGCUUCUCACUACAUAUGUGCGCAUCGGUGGCGCCAUCUCUCGGCUCAUUCCAUAGCUAAAGUGGGGCAGAUGAAAGUGUGGCAUACUGCGGUGUUUUGAGAGUGUGGCUACCGUGUAUUCUCGCUGUAGCAGUUCUAUAUGUUUCCCGAAGCAGACGCCUGCGGUGAAGUACGUAGUGAUGUACAGUCAGGCUUCGCAUAACGAUGACCUGGACAGUGUGGUUUCGUUAUAAUGUCGUUAAGCUACUCGUUAAAUACCCGUGAUUAUUACAACGAAUUCUUUAACGACUCGGCCGAUUUAUCACCCAUCACGAUGCUUACGAACAGGGCAUGUCGUGUCUAUUACGGCACAGAACAGCACAGAUCUCUGUCGAUUUAUACGAUUUUAUUGUCAGAUAUCUAACAAAACUAAUAUUGACUUCAUUAUUAUUGAUAUCUACUAUUGAUAUGACUAUUGAUAUCAUUAUUAUAUGUUAUAUAUUAAAUUUGGUAGAAAUAUGCCCAAAAUUUUGUGAUAUCUUGACGUAAAAAAUCGUAAGUUACAUGGCGGUUGUUCAAAAUUGGCGUAUUAUGCGCUGCUUCACCUGAAUCCUAUAAUUGAUUAUCUCCGCCUGAUUUUGAAGGGCGUUCGUGGUGAAAAACAACUUCUAAGAACGGAAAGGAAGCCCUCUCCUCAUCCCGGUGACUCCACCCUCCUCUCUACUACCUACUGUUCACACGCUCCUCUGCCCAUCAGUGAGUACUGAAGAAGAUUUUAUUAUCUUGUUAAUUAAUUUAAUUAAGUAAACACUAAUUUCGUUUAUUUGUCUUUUUGGAUGUGUACCGUAUAUUUUCUAUAAAAAAUUCGGUUCAAUUAACGUACGGUAUAUGUGAUGUAAAUGUGGAGGAAAGGGCGGCUGGAGAAUGUUUCUAGCGUAUUAUGUUUCCUAUGAGGAAACUUUAUUCCGUCAACAUUGUUUACGUUAACGUUGUGUUUAACAGAAACAUAACGACAACGUUGAAUUAGGAGUCUGUGUUUUAAAUUGCAUUGCUCAAAGCCUAGUGUUUGUCUGAGGCAUAACUGCAAGCAAAUGAGAGUGACUGGGUUUCGGUUUCGCAUUUAGAUGCCAGUUUUUCUUGACAUGCCCACACAUGCGACUGGUAGCAACUUAAAAAACUGCAGUUUCUAUGAGUGGAGUAUGUUCUACUUUCUUGUAUAUGGUUGCAACUGGAUCCAGCUGCCAUAUUAUUUAUAUAUUUAAUAUUUCUAUAAGGAGCAGUUGCUAUAUUGGUUUUUUAGGUCUCACCGCUAAACUUGCAUUUUCGUUUAUUUGCUCCGUUACUUCUUUGUGUUGCUCGUAGUUUUUUCACCGAUCACUUGUCGCUGGUGGAGGCAGACAGGCUUCAUAAAUCGUAAACCAGUUUCUAAUAGUUGAGUUGUUAUCAGUCGCACAACCAAGAUACGCUAGAUCUGAACUGGGUCACAUCAUCUAUAUAUAUAGUAAUAUAUAGAUAUAUAGGUAGUAUCAGGAGCUUAUAAAUGGAUUCCAUUUAUAAGCUGCUGGUAGUAUGUGUAUAUCUGUAUAUCAUGGUGUACACACAUGAGCACUCGUGAAAGAACGCGUCCGAUUAUCAGCACCCAAAGACUAGCAGCGCGUGUAUCAUGUGGGUUAACUUGCAUAGCAUUACCCUUAAAAAUACGUAGCAUAGGAGAAUGAAUUGCUGAUUUAUCACUCGCUUGCAUUUGCUUUUCCUUGCUAUGAAUGAAUAUUCAGGAUGUCAAAUCUGCAUGGCAUGUAUGACAUGUCUUGCGUAUGGGAGUUUCCUAAUCUCAGUACAUGUUUUUGGGUUGUUGUUUAUGCGUGUGUUACCAGAAAAGACAGGUUUUGUGUUCAGAAAUGUUUUCAAGAGCUACAAAAGAGGAUUUUCGAUUUGUUUUAGACAAGUAUUCAGAAUUGUUGAACACCAAACAUGGAAUGCCAUAAAACUUUUCGCUGCUUUAACAGUAUGUGUGUAUGUAUUAUUUAAAAGGUAUAUAUAUCUAAAAUAUGUAAAGAAUGCAUAUAGACUCAUGCAAGUACAUGCGUGCGUGCAUGGGUGCGUGCGCGUGUGUGGCAUUUUAAAUGUACAGUUCGAUAGCACAAAUGGAUAUGCACAGGUGGAUGUGUGCGUGGGAGUGUUCCACGUAAGAUCUGUUGACCAGGUAUUUGUUAAUAAACUUAGCAGUUUGGCUAAUGAAGAAAUAAAUCGCUUGGCUAUCUUUCAAUUCAGUUAA